AUGGAUCGGCCCCAGGUGGUCAGCGAGAACUAUGCCAAUCCUAUAACAUGCCUCUUCCAUGUGCUCUUCAAGGCGUCGGCGCUGGCGUUCUACAUCCUCUUCUCGCUCUUCGUGAAGAGCUUCGUCAUCAUCUUUGUCAUCACCGUGCUCCUCGCCGCGCUCGACUUCUGGGUGGUGAAGAAUGUCAGCGGAAGGAUACUCGUCGGGCUGCGGUGGUGGAAUGAGAUUGACGAUGAUGGCAACAGUGUGUGGAAGUUCGAGUGCCUCGAUGGCGAGUCUCUCGCUCGGAUGAACAAAAAGGACUCGUGGCUGUUCUGGUGGACUCUUUACUUGAACGCUGCUGCAUGGAUCAUUCUUGGGAUAUUUUCACUCAUUAGACUUGAAGCUGAUUACCUUCUUGUUGUUGGAGUUUGCUUGACUCUAAGCCUUGCAAACAUCGUGGGGUUCACCAAAUGCAACAAAGAUGCCAAGAAGAACAUCCGAGCUUUUGCUGAAAAUGCUGCUCAAAACGCCAUCACAUCCCGCAUCACAUCAUCCCUGCAGUCAGCAUUCGGUAUCUGA